GAGAUGGUCCGAAGGUUGCAGUCUGCAGCAACGCUGGCAAUCCACUUGCGAGCGGCAGAGCCAGAUUGGUCAGAGUGCAUGGACUCCGUCGUGUCUGCAUCAUAUCCAGCUCCCAUGGCGGAUCCGACGGAGUUUUUCCCGUCGGAUCGGACUGGCGAGAAGCUCACGCUGACAUGUAUCCCGCCAUGCGAGGAGCCGCGUGUGGGCGACCUUUUGAUCAGUCAUCCGGUGUGGAGCGUGCUCCAAACAACGCUUGACAACUCUGUCAUCCUCAUUGUGGCUGCCGACAGCUUGAGGGGUGUCACUGGAAUUCUGUUGAACAAAUCUGAUGAUCAAACAUUGGAAUCGUUCCUCACAGCUUGUGGUGAGGACCUCUCGAACAUUGAUCGCAAGUUUCUGCGAAAACGUGUUGCCAAUGGCGGCCCAGUCGAAGAAGGCACCGAGCUCGACAGCUUGUACUGGAUACAUGACUCUGAUGAUGUACCUGGCUCAAUCAAGCUUGCAUCAAGCAUUUUGCUUCGUGGUAAUCUUCAACAGGUUUCUCCGGCUGCAAGCUUGUGUUUCUUCCAUGGCUGUGCCAAAUGGUCAUGGCCGCAGAUGGCCGUGGAUUUAGAGCGAGGUCUUUGGAUUCAUGCUAGGCCGUGUGCACAAAGUUUGCGCAAGGUUUGUUUCCAGCACCUCCUAGCUACCAGGGAUGUUUGGUAUGCUGCAAUGAUGGCCACCGCUGGUCCUUCGCUUGCCGAUUUUCCUCGUGGUCCUGCUGCGGAUCCCAUUCUAAAGCAGGCUUUGGUGGCUCACUACCGUGCUCAGGCGACAGAUAUCGCUCGACAGCUCUUCGGCCAGCGAUCGGCAGAAUGGGAACGGCGGCUGCAAGCGGCCAAGAGUUGUAAAGCCAAGAGCUGAGGGCACGGCCUGGGCGCUCUGAGCUGGGCACACUCAAACAGCGGGGGCUGAAAACCAUCACAAACAUGGGGAUUGGCUUCAGCAAGCAAGGGGGUUGCAAAUUUUCUUUGGCCCAUGCCUUAGUGUCAAUGCCACGUGCAAGCUGCCGAGGGUGGCACGCGUGCAACGGCCAAAGUUGUCGGAUGCAAAUCUCUCGAAGUGUGGGCAGAACUACUAAAAACUGUCAGAUGCUUAGCUGCUUAAUUGCUUAAUGACCGUUUCUGUGCCCAAAGUGACAC